UCCCUUGCGAGUAUUUAUAACGCGGCGAACUGAACGAUCGGUUUGGGGUGCUAUUUUUGGAGCGCCGAAACCAACCGUUCGCCAGCUGUUUCCAACACUCAGGCUGCAGCAAAAUCGAGCAGGAAACGCGGAACAUUAAACUUGCAUUUCCAUUUUACAUAAUUUACGUAUAAAUAUGGAGUACGAUCCGACAUACGAGAAGAUAUGCUCCACGCGCACUGUCCAGUCGGAGAAGAAGGGUUUCUUCAAUGAUUUCUGUGGCGAUGUGCGGGAGACAUGUGGCGACAAGUGGCUGAAAAACUACUUUGGCAAACUCAAGUCGAACGCAGCGCGUGUGCUCUCCAUAUUCAGUGAUCGCGAGGUGUGCGAUCCAGUGCUCGGCGUACUCGAGCAUGUCCAGCCGGUCUACAAGCAGAAGGAUGCCGUCUUCUCCUUCCAGCGGCGUGCCCAAGCGGACAAGUUUUAUCUGUUGAGCUGCAGCACGAGUGAGGCUGGUGAGCGCAGGGAGCUGCUACAGCAGGCGCUGCUCGCCUCCAAUCUGGCCGUGAUGCGUGCACCCGAACGCAAUGUGAAUCCCACCAUUGACGAUGGUCUAACCCUCGCGCUGGCCUACCGUUCGCGUGCCUCCAUACUGAUUGGCCUGGGCGAGGGCGAGCCAGCACUCAGUGAUCUCAAGUUGGCCAGCAAUUUCGGACUGGAGCUGAAGUCCAACGUGGACUACUACUGCAAGAUGGCCAAGGCCUAUGCGGCAAUGGGAGAGGGCGCACGAGCUGAAAUCUCAUUGAAGAUUGCCGAAAAGCUGGCCGGAGCGGAUACCUCGCAUAUAGCAAAAAUGCGCACAGAAAUCGCCGGGACUAAGCCUGUCCCGAAGGAGCCAUCCACGGAGCAGGUGCCGCAGCUGGCGCACGGGGAGAACCCCGAACUGAGUGGCGCCGCCAAUGUCGUGAAGCUGGUGGAGACCAAGGAGAAGGGCCGCUUCGUUGUGGCCAGCGAGGGCCUGAAGACGGGCGAUGUGGUGUUGUGCGAGAAUCCCGUGGCAGCCUGUCUGAUUCCCGCCUUCUUUGGCACCCACUGCCAUCACUGCUUCAAGCGGUUGCACACUCCUGUGGCGUGUCUGCAUUGCUCGGGCAUUGCCUUCUGCUCGGCUCAGUGCAUGGGUGAGGCCUGCUCGAGCUACCAUCGCUUCGAGUGCGAGUUCAUGGACCUGCUGAUUGGCUCCGGCAUGUCCAUUCUCUGCUUCAUUGCGCUGCGCAUCUUCACACAAGCGGCCAGCGUAGAUGAAGGCCUGGCCACGGCGAAUCUCCUAUUCGAGAACCUCUGCUCGCACGAGGAUGUGCGCCAGGCGGAGGACUACCUGCAGCGUUCACUGAUGGCCGGCUUCAUCAUGCGCAUACUGCAGAAGGCGCAGUACUUUGGCCAGCGCAAAACCGAGGGCGUCAAUCCCACAGCCGUGGAGUUGCAGGUGGCCACCGCGCUGCUCGGGCUGCUCCAGGUGCUGCAGUACAACGCGCACGAGAUCUACCAGACGCAGGUGACGGACGAGCAUCCCUUCGAGGGCAGCAAGACGGUGCACGUGGGCGCAGGGCUCUACGGCACGGGCUCGUACUUCAAUCACGAAUGCUGGCCAAGCGUUGCCAGCUAUUUUGUGGGCAAGAAACUUGUGCUGGCAGCCACCAAGCCGCAUCGUCCGCACGAAGUGGUCGCCGUCAACUAUGGCCCCAUCUUCACGAACACCAAUCUCAAGGAGCGCCAGAGAUCGCUGCGUGGCAGAUACUCCUUCAGCUGCAGCUGCAUGGCCUGCCAGGAGAAUUGGCCGCUGCUCCAGAAACUGGACAAACAAGUGCGCUUCUGGUGCACUUCGGCCAACUGUGUGAAUCUGCUCAAGUUCCCAAAGGACUUGGCCAAGGAUGUGCGCUGUCCGCGCUGCCGCAAGAAUAUUUCCCUCAAGGAGAGCGUCGCCAGGCUCAUCAAAAUCGAGGAACUCUACCGGGAGGCGGCACAGGCGAUGCAGGCGCAAAAAACCAACGAAGCCAUUGAGCUCUUCAAGGAGGGCAUCGAUCUGUUCUUCCAAGUAGCGGCACUGCCCCACAAGGACACGCUGCUGGCGCAGCACUCGCUGACCAAGUGCGUCGCGAAUACGGGCACCACCUUUAAGAAGUAGCAUUUGGGUGGCAAAUAAUCAUUGACUUGCAUAUGUAUUUAUGUUUAUUAAUUA